AUACGAAAAAUUUAAAAUUAAAAACAAAAACAAAAACAAAAAAACAAAACUGAUCCUUCUGCAUCUCUAUCAUCUUCCUCUCGUCUGUUACUCCGACGCUAAAUUAGGUUCGACAAAAAAGGGAAAACAGAAUCCACGCUCUGAAAACCCUAGGAGAGAUAGAAAAGAGAGAGGGGGUUUAGCGUCUCGAUUCAAGCAACGGUUCCAAUCGCCUCGCCGGCGGCGAACGGGCUCUGGCUCUAGAACUUGGAGGCGCAGCUGCAGAGACGAAACGGUGCGUUUUGAGACUUCAUAGAUAGACGACGAAGAUGAAGGGUCUGUUCAAGUCCAAGCCUCGGACUCCGGUCGACAUCGUCCGCCAGACUCGUGAUCUCCUCAUGAUUGUCGAUCGCAACGCGGAUACGCGCGAGAGCAAGCGCGAAGAGAAGAUGGCAGAGUUGUGUAAAAAUAUAAGGGAGAUGAAGCAAAUUCUUUAUGGCAAUAGUGAGUCUGAGCCGGUCGCAGAAGCUUGUGCGCAAUUGACUCAGGAGUUCUUCAGAGAGAAUACAUUGAGGCUUAUUAUUAGGUGUCUUCCAAAACUGAACUUGGAGGCUCGAAAAGAUGCCACUCAAGUUGUUGCGAAUUUGCAAAGGCAGCAAGUUCAUUCAAAGUUAAUUGCGUCUGACUAUUUGGAAGCAAACAUAGAUUUAAUGGAUGUGUUGAUAGAAGGUUACGAAAACACAGACAUGGCUUUACAUUAUGGUGCAAUGUUGAGGGAGUGCAUACGUCACCAAAGUGUUGCAAGGUACGUUUUGGAGUCUGCACACAUGAAGAAGUUCUUUGAUUAUAUACAACUUCCCAAUUUCGAUAUUGCUGCCGACGCUGCUGCAACAUUUAAGGAACUCAUGACGAGGCAUAAAUCUACUGUCUCUGAAUUUCUUUCCAAAAAUUAUGACUGGUUUUUUGCAGAGUAUAACUCUAAACUACUGGAAUCCACCAAUUACAUUACCAGAAGACAAGCCGUCAAGCUGUUAGGAGAUAUCCUUCUUGAUCGUUCGAACUCUGCUGUGAUGACUCGAUAUGUGAGCUCAAGGGACAACUUGAGGAUUCUCAUGAAUCUUCUCAGGGAGUCUAGUAAGAGCAUCCAGAUAGAAGCAUUUCAUGUUUUCAAGCUUUUUGCUGCGAAUCAAAAUAAACCUCCGGACAUCGUCAGCAUACUUCUGGCCAAUAAGAGCAAGCUUCUACGCCUUUUUGCUGAUUUCAAAACUGAUAAAGAGGAUGAACAAUUUGAGGCAGACAAAGCUCAGGUGGUGAAAGAAAUUGAUGCCCUGUGAAGCUGUGACAUAUGCCCAUGAUUGAGCUUUUUGUUGUCUGUGGGGGGCCUUUUUUGCUUGAUUCAUUUGUGCAUUUCAUAUAUAGUUCUUAUAGAACGAACAUGUGACUCUACCACUGCUUAAAAGAUUCAUCAUCUUUAUCUAGCUUCUCUCUACUCUUCCUGUUCCGCAGCUCACGUCUCUGUUCAGCAUAUUAAGUUAAGGACACGCUCGUGUAAAACGUAGAUAAAUAAAUUGAUGGAUGAGUUUAAUGCAAAAAUUAAUGCACUUAUUUGGCUC